AUGUUAGAGUCAACUGGUGCUGUAGUCGCAACACCGAACACUGUUCUUCCAAAUUCAAAUGGAGAAGAUUUUCCAAAGGAAGAAUCAAAAGUACCACAACCAAUAAUUACAAUCCCUAAACCAACUUCUUCUGAACAACUUGAACAGUUGAUUUAUCGUUAUAAAAUCAUUUCACAUAAUCCAAAGGAAAAUGAAUUAGAGAUCAACUCUAUUGAGACUUUACUAAGUAAAUUAUCAAAGGAUCAAGAUAUAUUUAAUGAAGAUCUUGAAAAAAUUAGAAAUAAUAUAAGUGCUAACCGUCACAAACCUUAUGAUGGAAAUUUAUUAUCAAAACAAUUAUUAGCUUUACAAUUAUUAGAGAAAGAUAUUGAUAUCCCAGAAAAUUUAUUAACUUCUAAAUUAACUUCAAUUACUGAAGACCUGAGUAUAACCAAUAAAAAUGAUAGUAAGAGCUUAGAAGUUUUGAAAAUAUUUGGAGAUUUUAAUAAGACUAUUAAAAAUUUCGAUUUAGAGAAUCAAUUUAGAAAUACAUCUCCAUCUCAAUUAGGAGAUCCUGAAAUUGAAAGUACAAUAUCUUCUCAAAUUGCUAAAAGAAUAGCUGAAUUAGAACGAUUACCAGCAAAUUUAGGUACAUAUUCUUUAGAUGAUUGUUUAGAGUUUAUCACAAAAGAUGAUUUACCAUCUGGUAUCGAUACAUUAAAGAUUAAAGCAUUAGUUGAAUUAAAAUGUUUAAAAUUAUUAACAAAACAAAAAUCUCUUAGACAAAAAAUUAUUACUAAUACAUCCACUCAAGCUCAUCAUAACAUACCAUAUUUACGUGAUUCUCCAUUUACUUUAGCAGCCCAAAGAUCUGUUCAGGUCAGAGGGAAAGUUAUUGUUCCACAAACAGCAAGAAUCGCUGAGGAAUUAGAAAGACAACAACUAUUAGAAAAGAGAAAGAAAGAAAGGAAUAUUCAUAUGAAGAGAAUCAAUGGUAUUAGAGAUGCCAUACAGGAAGCAAAAGAUAGUAACUUUACCCGUCGUGAUCGUUGUGCUCAAUUUGGUAAAUUAAUGUUAUCUACACACAAUCAAAUCGAAAAGGAAGAACAAAGAAGAAUUGAAAGAAAUGCUAAACAACGUUUGGCUGCAUUAAAAUCCAAUGAUGAAGAAGCAUAUUUAAAGUUGUUAGAUCAAACUAAAGAUACAAGAAUUACGCAACUUUUGGGUCAAACUAACAGUUUCUUGGAUUCCUUAGCAUCUGCUGUUAGAGUACAACAAAAUGAAGCCAAAAUUGCAAGAGGUGAAGAAAUUACAGUCACAACUGAUGAAGAGAGAGAAAAAAUCGAUUAUUAUGAAGUGGCACACACAAUCAAAGAGAAAGUUGAAAAACAACCUUCCAUCUUGGUUGGUGGUUCGUUAAAGGAAUAUCAAUUAAAAGGGUUGGAAUGGAUGGUUUCUCUAUAUAACAAUCAUUUGAAUGGUAUUCUAGCAGAUGAAAUGGGUCUAGGUAAAACCAUUCAAUCCAUUUCUCUAAUUACUUAUUUAUUCGAAGAGAAAAAGAAUCCCGGUCCAUACUUAGUAAUCGUUCCAUUAUCAACAAUAACUAACUGGACAUUGGAAUUUGAAAAAUGGGCCCCAAGUCUGAAUACAAUCGUAUACAAGGGUACUCCAAACCAAAGACGUGCUCUUCAAUAUAGGAUAAGAAAUGGAGAUUUUGAUGUCUUAUUAACAACCUAUGAGUAUAUUAUCAAGGAUAGAGCCAUGCUAUGUAAACACGAAUGGGCUCAUAUGAUUAUUGAUGAAGGUCACAGAAUGAAAAACGCACAAUCCAAGCUUUCUUACACUAUCCAACAUUACUACAAGACCAGAAACAGAUUAAUUCUAACUGGUACACCUUUACAAAAUAACUUACCAGAAUUAUGGGCCUUGUUGAAUUUUGUUUUACCUAAGAUUUUCAAUUCAGCAAGUACAUUUGAUGAUUGGUUCAAUACGCCUUUUGCAAAUACAGGUGGUCAAGAAAAAUUAGAGUUGACAGAAGAAGAAACACUGCUGAUUAUUAGAAGAUUACACAAGGUGCUAAGACCGUUCUUGUUACGUCGUUUAAAGAAAGAAGUCGAAAAGGAUCUUCCAGAUAAGGUUGAAACCGUUGUAAAAUGUAAACUAUCUGGUUUACAACAAACACUAUAUGAACAAAUGUUGAAACAUAAUGCAUUAUUUGUCGGUGCUGGUACAGAAGGUGCCACGAAGACAGGUAUCAAAGGUCUGAACAAUAAAAUUAUGCAACUAAGGAAGAUUUGUAACCAUCCAUUCGUAUUUGAUGAAGUUGAAGGUGUUAUUAACCCAAGUAGAGGAAAUUCCGAUUUACUUUACCGUGUUUCUGGUAAGUUCGAACUGUUAGAUCGUGUGUUACCAAAAUUCAAGGCCACCGGACAUAGAGUGUUAAUGUUCUUCCAAAUGACUCAAGUCAUGGAUAUUAUGGAAGAUUUCUUAAGAAUGAGAAACUUAAAGUACAUGAGAUUAGAUGGUAGUACAAAGGCAGAUGAAAGAACCGAUAUGUUGAAGCUCUUUAAUCAACCGGACUCUGAUUAUUUCUGUUUCUUGUUAUCGACUAGAGCUGGUGGUCUAGGUUUAAACUUACAAACUGCUGAUACUGUCGUUAUUUUUGAUACAGAUUGGAAUCCUCACCAAGAUCUACAAGCCCAAGAUAGAGCUCACAGAAUCGGUCAAAAGAAUGAAGUUAGAAUUUUAAGAUUAAUCACCACAGAUUCUGUAGAAGAAGUUAUUCUUGAGAGGGCCAUGCAAAAACUAGAUAUUGAUGGUAAAGUUAUUCAAGCAGGUAAGUUCGAUAACAAAUCUACUGCUGAAGAACAAGAAGCAUUUUUAAGAAGACUGAUAGAAAACGAAUCUACUGCAGAUGAUGAUGACAAGGCGGAACUAGAUGAUGAAGAACUUAACGAAGUUCUUGCCCGUUCAGAGGACGAAAAAAUUUUGUUUAACAAGAUGGAUAAAGACAGACUUGCCGAAGAGAAGGCAGACGCUAAGACACUUGGAUUAAAGACACCACUAUCUAGAUUAAUUACAAAGGAUGAACUACCUGAAGUAUUUACGGAAGAUAUCGAAAAGCAUUUGCACGUAGAACCUGUAGCCUUAUCAAGAAUGAGACAAACGAAAAGAGUGUACUACGAUGAUGGUCUGACCGAGGAACAAUUUUUAGAUGCCGUAGAAAAUGAAGAGAGCACAUUAGAAGAAACCAUUCAAAAGAAACGUGAACAAAGGGAAAAAAGAAUGCGCAACAAGAUGGAAAAAAUUACAGAUGAGGACGGUGAAAUUCCAACUUUAGAAAACACACCUGAAAUGGAAACGAUACCGUCCGAAGAACCUGAAAAUGUCGAACCCACAACAGUAGAAAAAGAUGAAGAAGAUGCAACUAUCUCUGGACGUCGUAGAAGAACAAGAAAGAGAAAGACAGUCGGCAAUAUCCCUGAAAGUGUUGUCCAAAUUGAAAAUGAAACUAGUGUUCCAGAGGACACUGAAACAAUCGUUGAGGAGCUCCAAGAGGAACCCCAAAAGAAGAAACAGAAAUUCAAGGUUACUCUGAAGUUAAAGAAGCCUACUCCUGAGAUUAAUCAAAAAGAUGAGGUAAUUAUAGAGGAUGGAACUGCUGCAAAACCAACUCCAAAGAAAAGGGGAAGAAAAAGUACCAAAAAGACCGAUAUAGCCGCCGAGGAUGCUAAAACGGGACUCAACAUCCCAGAUCUAGUAGUCUCUUUAAUGAAGGAACUACAUGCUAUUGUGGAUAAGGAUGAUGGACAUGCUUGCACGGAUGUGUUUGAAAAAUUGCCUUCCAAGAAACUCUACCCUGAUUAUUAUGUAUUGAUAUCAAACCCAACUGCAAUUGAUACAAUUACAAAGAAGGCCAAGAAAAAUGGCUAUCAGUCGCUUGGUGAAGUGAAAGAAGACAUAGAGACGAUGUAUUCAAAUGCCAAAUUUUAUAAUGAAAAGGGUUCAUGGGUCUACAAUGACGCUGAUACUUUAAAAAAGUUCACUGAUAAAUGGUUUAAAGCCAAUGAAUGA